GUCCCCAGCCAUUAUAGUGGCGGGCAGAAACGAGCUAUGGGGCCGGUCCCCCUAGCCCUGGCCUAUGGAAGCCGGGAGGAGCAGAAGCGUGGCUGUCCUGCAGGCGCUAAUCUGCUAGCAAAGGUACGAAGUAGGUACCAGGGCCGAAGUGUUUAGGGGAGAGCUGACCACAUGCAGCCGCUCGCGGUGUCGGUCUGAGCUGUCAGGGCUAUGCUUUAUACAGAAGAUUGAGCAUUGCUAGUCACUUCCGUAUGGAGCACCUUGCUUCUUAGUCCUGAGAGUGUAUCAACAUUGCCCAUCUUGGCUGUGUGCUUUUGCUCGUGGGCAAAUUGGGCUGUUGCUGAGUCAUGGUUGAUGGAGCAGCCAAGGUAGUGAGAGGUGGUACACGCUGCCGAUAGGUGGGAGACAAUGGAUCCUUGGUGUCCGUAUUUUAUUACAUGUCAAUUGCUAUUUUGCACUUGAGCAGGUGUUGUGCGACGGGCAGGGAUGGAGAUGGGAUUCCUCUCAGCGCUCAAUGGGCCGCUGCUGGCCGAGUUGGAGAGCAGCAGGUCAAUAUGGUCCAUGUCAUAUGGGAUGCCACAUGCGCACUCACUGCCGUCGCAGCAUCUUAUCGCCAGAUUGAGCCAUUGAGUGUGUACGGCCGGUCGCUUCUUGUCGCAACAGCAGCGGGAGAGGAAGGGGGGGCGUCUUUUCGAGCAGGCAUAUGUACCAAGGGCCAAUUGAUUGGAUUGAUGAUCCGUCUGCCUGCUAGUGUUACGGAGAAGCAAUUACCUGCUGUCCUGUACAGUCCAGCAACAGCAAGGAAGACAGACACAAGUCGGUGGAACGCAGCAAGGUUCGAUGCUGGCGAUGGAUCCUUGGACCAGACACUAAGGCUAGUACCCUCUCAGCCGCUAUUAAAGAAGUGGAGGCGGUAAGGGACCCUGCCUUGUCCUGUACCCGGACUUUGGUAGCACCCUUGGUUAAAAGGCGAGUCGUCAAUUGUUUGCGACAGGCGAGCUACGGCAGAGUCCGGCAUCUACUAAUCUACUCAUACUAGAUAUCUAAGUAUCUGCCUGGCAGCUAGGCUGGACGCAAUGGAGUGAUGUCA